AUGAGUAGGCAAAUCCUACCAUAUUACAUUAAUAAGUACUUGUUUCGUGCUUGUGGUGGAGGCGCCUCCAAGGAUUGCCCCGAGCCUGUGAUGAACUGGACUAGCGGGGUGCCCUCUAGAUGCCCUCUUCAUCUUCUCCAAUCCGAUUUGCUCAACUUGGCUCCUGAUUUCUUCAAGCUAUCACUGCCACCUCCAUCUUCGGACCCAUGUGGCCAAAUAACUGCCGACAAAGUGAACGCUAGUGUCUUAAGCACUAUUAAAUGUUCUCCAGAAUCGGCGGAUCUACUCUUCGAUGUGGUGCGACAAUCACGUUAA